UGGCUUUGGGACCAGCACCAUCAAGUAGCAGAAUCGCAAAACAUGCCGUACUGGCAGAACAAGAUUAUACAUCGCCAAUAGCCUGCCCAGCGUCGCUUGCAAAGUACAUCCGUAUAAUAUAAUUUUCAGCAUGCUGACAACCACAAAACGCGUGCAGCCCGCCUAUCCCUCCUGGCCAAAGUCAUUGGUAAGCUCUAUCUGCUUGCUCAGAUCGGCCUCGUUGACUGUCGGGCGACUGUUCUUGACAGCCUUCAAGAAAUCAGACAGCGUCAGAUCGGGGCUCCACCGGACCCUACGAAGGCUGGCAGGCACAGUGCAUGUGCGCAGUGCCAGCCGCCCAGCCCCAUACAGGCUCUGGCAAUGAGUGGCUCGAGGCAUGAUCACGAGGAAAAUCAAUCAAGAAAGCGAUUACCAAAAGGAGGCGAUUUUGAUUUUUUUGC